AUGCUCCGGAUUGGCCCUGGAUUGCGCGCGAGAUGCACCCGCCAGCUGGUCUCAAGAAAGAGCCACAUCGACCCGCUGCAUUUGGCGGCCAUUUCGCACCAAAGCAUCUGCCCAGCGCCAUCAGAUCUCUCUCAGACCACACGAUCAAUCUCGAUCUCUGCCAGGAUCCGCUCAAGAGGGCAGCCACCGAGCCAAGAGUCCCGAACCAAGGAAAAGAGUUCGCCAGACAAGCGAUGCGAUCCAGCCCGUCCGUCGGUGGCCAAAGCACAGCAACCUGACAACGCAGCUCCAAAGCACGAUGUGAAGCGCAAGAAUCGCCACGUUCGUAUGCUUGCCGAUUCGCUGCGGGCGGCAUCGAAAGAACCGGCGGUCGGGCUCGCCGCACUUGUGGAUGCAUCGGCCGGCGAUCUUGUCGAUCUGGCACAGUACACGGCGCUUUCUGGGCGUCUGGACUCGCUCUCGUUUGGACUGCUGUGCGGGCUGCUCGAGAAGCGCAUCGCAGAGUUUGAUCUGGACUCGGCCCUCUCGCUGGUUCGGUCGCUGCUCAUCCGACAGGCUGGCGUCCGGAGCACGACGAUUGCCGUGCUGAAGCAUAUCUGGCAGCUGCAGGGUCAGUGGAGCUGCCUUACCCCGGACGACGUGCUCGCCAUCGCCACCGCCUUCGACAAGACUCAGUGGCAUGAUGGGAUGUUUUUGAAUGCGCUGUGUACGCUCGCCGCUGAGCCUCGGCGGCUCGCAGGAUUCUCUCCGGAACAGAUUUCAACACUGCUCUGGACGGUCUCGAAGCACCGACACCAGCACCUCAGGCUCUUUUCGUCCGUUCGCAUCCUUCUCGAGAAGCAGCACAUCCAGACACACGGCAAGGUCCCCACCCAGCAGGCCAUCCAACUACCCUGCGAUGUCCAGUUUCAUCCGAACAACCAACAGCAGCUGGAGCAAGUUGGCUGUCUCCGCCUUCGUCUCGAUGACUUUACCGUCCUCGAUGCCAGCCGAGCAGCCCGGGCAUUCGUCAAGCACGGCAGAGUCCAUUCCGCUCCGCUCCUGAGCGCAUUCAUGGAACUCUCGGCAGCCAAGCUACAACCCUCCAACGCCGAAGAUGUCAUGGACCUGGUGUGGGCGGUCGAAUAUGCUCAAGACCCUGCCGCCGACGUUUCUGCCAGGACGGCGUUCUUCAAGCGAGUUCUCGCAGCCAUCGACCAAGCGCCGCUGGACGCCUGGAGCACGAGGAGCCUCUCGGUCGUCGUCUGGGCAUGUGGCCCACUCCUCUGCGAAACACCGGGGCUUGUCUGCCGCAUCGAAAGCUCUGUGCUGUAUCGACUGGAUGGCAUCGAGCCUUACCAUCUCGGCAAGCUACUGUUUCGUUUGGCUGAAAGUGGCCACGCCUCGCAAGAGCUGUUUACUCGCGCCGCAGACACCAUCGUCAGACGCAUCGCAGGAUUCGAUCGAGAGCUCGUCGAGAUCGCAGCCGCAUACGUCAAGAUGGAUGCCAUGGCCCCCGCCCUCCAGGCGGCCCUCACUGCACAGAUCCUCCGAACAGCCGGCCGGUUUGCGGUGGUGGAUCUAUGCCGCGUGCUGGCUUCUCUCUCGGUGCUCAGGCCAGCGCCCCGUGGUGAUCUCUCGAAGCUGCUGGUGCAUCUGACGGAGCGGCUCGAUGGGCUGGCUGCUUGCGAUGUGAUUCUCAUCCUCAAGACAGUGGAAUCGAUGGAUACAAAUGGUCGUCGCGACUAG